GCGCAUUUUGAUAGUCAGCUAAGCAAUAGCAAGUGGCGGGCAACAAAAACGGAGGGUUUUAUUUUUAUCACAAAUUGAAUGCAAUUCAAAGUCCCUCUCUACAGUUUUGUCUUCUGUUAAAGCCAAAAUCCCAGCGUCUGUGCCUCCCUUUAUCGGUCAGUUUUUCUCUUCUCAAGAACAACUCGUCAAUUUUACGCACAACUCCAUUCAUUAUGCUUGGUUUUUGUUGCUCAAGAUUAGUUGAAACUAGAUUUAAUUGUCUCUUGGUCUUCAAUUCUCAAUUGGGUAUCUCUCGUUUGUUAAUUAGAUGCUUCUCAACUAAACAAAAUGUGAUUACAAAUAAGCAAUCUUUUACAGUUUCUUAUCUUAUCCACACAUUUGGGUUCCCUUCAAACACUGCUCAACUCAUCUCUAAGAGGGUAGCUUUUGAAACCCCUGAAAAACCAGAUGCCAUGCUCAACAUUUUCAAAGACCAAGAACUCACCGAUUUUACGAUUUCCCGAAUUGUUAGAUACCGUCCCCAAGUGUUAUUAGCAGAACCAUACAAGUCAAUUUUGCCAAAGAUCGAAUUUUUACGCUCUAUUGGUGCUUCGAGUUCCGACCUUUCGGUUAUUUUGGGGAAGGAUCCCGCUAUCUUGAACCGGAGCUUGGAAAAAUCCCUAGUCCCGUUUUAUCAUUUACUGAAAAAUGCGGGGAUCUCUGAUGAUAAUGUAGUUACGGCUUUGAAAAGAUCGAACUUUAGAUCUAUGAUCUCGUUUCAUGAGAAUUUAGGUGUUAAUUUGUCACUCUUAGCGCAGAUUGGAAUCCCGCAGUCUUCUAUAUCGUUUUGUGUCACGCAUUAUCUCGCAGUUUUGUGCAUGAAUGCUGAUAAGUUUGCUGCAUUGGUUAAGAAAGUUACGGAUGUUGGUGUUGACCCCUCGAAACUUGCAUUUGUCGUUGCACUCAAUGUGUUUAAGAAUCUGUCGGAUGAAUCGUGGGAACGCAAGAUGGAAGUUUUUAGGAGGUGGGGUUUGUCGGAAGAUGAGAUUUGGUUAAUGUUUAGAAAGCAUCCUUGGUGUAUGAGUAAGUCGGAGAAGAGUAUAAUGAGUAAAAUGAGUUUUCUUGUUAUCAAAAUGGGUCGGCAGCCUGCUGAGGUUGCGAGAGUUCCGGUUGUUCUUUGUUGUAGUUUGGAGAAAAGGAUAGUACCGAGAUGUUUUGUUUCUCGAGUUUUGCUCUUAAAGGGCUUGAUAAAUGCAGAAAUCCCGUUAUCCUCUUUGUUGAUACCUUCUGAAGAGCUCUUCUUGGAGAAGUUUAUUAUCAAGUAUCAGGAAGAGGUCCCUCAAUUGUUAGAUUUCUUUCGAGGAAAAGUGAGUUUUACAGAACUAGGAAUCGCCUUUGAUGAGAAAUCUGAGAUGCUGAAUUUUUGAUAACUAACUCUUAUUAGUAUCCUAGGUUAUAAUUUUGAUGGUAUUUAUGAAGGAACCCGAAAAAGAUGUCUUCAUUCCUCAGUAAUACAAAUUCAGCCAAACUGUUUGUGAUCAUAAAUUUUGAUUGAUAAGAAAAUGCCGGUGGUUCCUUUGUUUCAGUAUGGAGACAACUCAGAGGUAUAGUAAUACAUUUGUUUACUAGCGUUCUGUUAAUGAAAAUGCCUGCAGCGAGUUCUCGCUUCGAAAUAUCUUAUACACGUCUCUAGAUGGUUAACAAAGGGUUGGAGGGUUGUAUGCUGAAUGAAAGACUGGUUUCAUUUUCUCAUGUUCAACCUUGCCUCCAGUGUUGAAAGUUCACCAUUGAUGCGUCAAAUGAUCAUUAUUAAUUUGCUAUCAGUUGAUUUGAUUUGACGAUGUAAUUUGCUGAAACUCAGUCCUGUCAAGUACUCAUCUUCUUUGUUUAGUAAGCAAAAGAGGAUAGCUUACUUCAUUUGGUUUUGAGGUCAGUAGUAAUGGCAUUUGAUUGCUAACUCUCUGUUACUAAACUGUGUCUAGUGUGUUGAAGUGUUAAUUGGAUGGUAUGUAUUGAAGAUUUUAUUGAAGUGGCAUUAUUUCCUUGACACUACUGUUCCUAUGUCUAACAAUUGAGUGCAGGUGAGAUAUAAAUUGGCAGUUGUGUUGCACUUGUUCUUGACAACUCAUGUUCUCCGCUCACUGAUUGAUCCAUUCCAUCUUCUCAAAGAUCAAAAUUCUGCAAUUCAUCACUCUUAGGACAGAUUAGUGCUGCGGAAAGUUUGCAAAAUGGGUUAAGAAGAAGAUCAUGGAAAUGGUAUCUGAGCCUCGAUAUAGUCAUAUGUUUUGGGGUGGUCCGUUGUUGUUCAAUUGUCGGACAACAUCUCGGGAAGAUUUAUAAGAAGGUAUGCUAUGUAAAGCAUCCUUUGUUUAUGACUAUGCCGUUGCCGGAGAACAAAAUGAGUAAAAUUGAUUUUAUUUGUAGUUUUUUCGUGUAUUUUUUAUUUUUGGGAAAAACCGACCUCUGAUUCGUAGUUGAGCUAGUUGAACGGGACAACCUGGUUUGAUUCUUAAAACACUAGUUUUGAUCUUGCAUGCCUAA